UUCUAGUCUCCAUCUUGGGCUGCUCCGUGCAGUAUAUGACAGUGCUUAGGUGCGUUAAUAUAAACCCUGCUCAAAAUGAGGAACACAGUAAAUUGCUAUCAUGAGUGAAGCUCCAGUAGUGCGGAAGGCUAUUCCACAGGCUCAGUCUACCAUUAGUGGUCACACUCAGAUGACAUCACGGCCACUACACAUCACUGAACCAACUGCCUCCAAACGUGUGUGCUUUUAUAAAAGUGGUGAUUCUCAGUUCAGCGGUCUUCCUGUGAUUAUCAACAGCCGCACCUUUAAAACUUUUGAGGCUCUCCUGGAUAGCCUAUCUAAGCGUGUGCCACUGCCAUUUGGAGUGCGCACUAUUACAACUCCUCGUGGUCAUACGACCGUUCAGUCUCUUGAUCAGUUACAUCAUGGUCACUCCUACAUUUGCUCUGAUCGUCGAACUGUCAAACCCAUUGACUUGGAACAAGCACGCCGGAAACUGCCUCCCUGGUAUCACGCACGUCCUGUUAGUGCCCGGUGCUUGGCUUGGUAUACACAUAGCUCUGCUCAACAUGGAACCUGCAGUGCAAGACUGAAUGAGCAUGCCAUCUUGUUGCACACACCAAAGCGGCUAGUACUGUUUCGUAAUGGAGAGCCAGAAGUAAAGCACACCCUGAUACUGCAGAGAAGAAAAGCAUACUCAUUUGAAGCACUGUUAGAUCACAUGUCAGAGGUUAUGCACUUCCCGGUGCUCAGGUUACAUUCACCUGAUGGAAGAAGGGUGGAUGGGCUUCCUGCACUGAUAUUAUGCUCUGGGGUAUUGGUGGCUGCUGGCCGGGAACCUUUCAAAAAAAGAAACUAUGAUAUUCAGAAGUCAUCUCCACCAACGUGGCUGCCAGUUAAAAGACUGAAACGGCGACAUCCAAUAGCCAGUAACAAUCCAAACUGCUCUGUGGAAGUAGAGCCUGGACAGCAUCUUGAGUCAGUUGCUGAAACAGAAGUCAUUACCAGUCAGGAUGUUGAGAAAGUGGAUGACAUACAUAUGCCUUCUGAUGAUGACAUUGAGAAAGCUUUCAGAGUCAAUCAAGAUGGAAAGGUCAGCGAGAUUGACCCUAAUGACAGCAACCAUUUCUGCCCUAAGGAUGGCUGUAAGAUAAAUGAAGAUACUGAGAUAAGUGGAGCUGCUGCAAGCAUUCAGUUAGAGCGACUACCCUCACCGCUUUCCCACUUUCCAGGGUUGCACAAGGUACAACACAAACAAGAAUCCAUUGAGAGCAUCAAGACAAGCUGGAAGGACUUCCAAGUACUGAUCAAUAAAGCAAGGUGUAGCAGUGCCACACCAGAGACCACUUUGAGUGAGUCCAAUCAAAGUUCAAGUUCAGAGGAGGAAGAACAUGCUAUCCAAAUGCUGACUGAACAGUUAGGUGUUCCAGAGAGAGUCAGAGAGGAGCUGGCAGCCCUUAACCAUUCAGAUGAGAGCAUCAUGAUAUGCAAUCAGAUAGAAGACACUGACAAAAUUGUGUGA